AUGCUGGAAAAGCUUGAGCAAGAAGCUAACUAUGUUGCCCCGGGAGAUAGUUCAGAUAAUCAGGUUUAUCCGAGUCACCUGUCACCUAGACAACAUACUCGUGUUGCACAGCUAGUAGGGAAUAAGUGUUCCGUAAACUGUCAUUUAGAUGGGCAAGCUGUGACUGCAUUGUGGGACACCGGUGCCCAAGUCUCAAUUGUUUCAGAAACUUUCAUGCAUAAACAGUCGUUGACAAGGAAACUCAGAAAUGUGGAAGAACUCUUAGGAGUACAAGGAAAAAUUGAAUUGAAAGCUGCAAAUGGCACGCCAAUUCCAUAUUGUGGUUGGAUUGAACUUAGCGUGAGGUUAAAUGAAACCCAACCUGACAUUUUAGUACCGUUUUUGGUAACCAAAGAGAAUAUUGGACCUCCAAUAAUCGGAUUCAAUGUCAUAGAACUAAUUGUUAAGGAAGCAAAUAGCAUAAGUGAUGAUACAGAAACAUUUGUGAAUGCAAUGAAGAAAAGUUUUGGUAGUUGUAAGGCAGAUAAAGUACAAGCGUUGAUAGAUGUUAUUUCAGCAAAUGAGCCUGAUGACCUUUGUCAAGUAAAAUGUCGCAAAACAGACAUUUUGAUUCCGAAAAAUCAAAGUAUUGAUGUACCUUGUCGUGCGAACACUGGUCCAAUAAACCGCACUGUUCCAGUUCUUUUCGAACCUAUUGACAAUACUGAAUUACCAUCAGGGUUAUUAUUACAAGAGGAACUUAAAUCAAUAAAACAAGGGAACUGUUCACUCAUAAACGUUAAGAUUACAAAUCAAACAAAUCACGACAUUAUUCUUCCUGGUAGAACAGUGGUAGGGCAUUUGCAACUGGUUCGCUCAGUAACUCCAAUAGAAGUGAAGCUAAAGGAACCUAAAGCAACUACUACUAAUCAGCACUUUGAUCAAACUCAAAGUCAGGAAUGCGACAACGUGAGUGCUGAAAAUUUGCCUCCUGUAGACCUGACUGGGUUAAAUGGUGAACAGUUAAAACAAGUUAAACAAUUAUUGUACGAUGAACGUGAAUCAUUUGCAAAGGAUGAUGAUGAUGUGGGAUGCAUUCCAGAGUUGACAAUGGAUUUAACUAUGACGAGUGAGAAACCUGUCCAGAAAAAUUAUGCGUCAAUACCACGACCCUUGUACCCCGAGGUCAAAGGGUACAUAGAGGAUCUCUUAAAUCGCGGAUUUAUUAAAAAGUCGAAAUCACCAUAUUCAAGUAGUGUCGUUUGUGUCCGAAAGAAGGACGGAGGAAUGCGGUUGUGUGUAGAUUAUAGGGAACUAAAUCGAAAUACUGUGCCUGACCGACAUCCAAUACCUCGAAUACAAGAUUCACUUGACAGUUUGGGCGGCAAAUCGUGGUUCAGUGUUCUUGACCAGGGCAAGGCCUAUCAUCAGGGAUUUAUGGGAACAAAUAGUCAACACCUCACAGCCUUCAUAACUCCUUGGGGUUUGUAUGAAUGGGUGAGAAUCCCUUUUGGCUUAAUGAAUGCCCCUGCCAAUUUUCAACGUUUCAUGGAACACUGCCUCGACGAGUUAAGAGAUGAGAUCUGUAUCCCUUACCUGGACGAUGUGAUCGUAUUUUCCAGCUCUUUCACUGAACACAUAGAACACUUACGUAAAGUGCUCAGACGGUUGCGAGAGUGGGGAGUCAAGCUUAAACCAAAGAAAUGUAACUUAUUUAAACAAGAAGUCUCAUUCCUUGGUAGAUUAGUAUCGCAGAACGGGUAUUGCAUGGACCCUAAGGCAACAAGCGCGGUUCAGAUGUGGAAACAUACAACACCGUCUACUGUUGGUGAUGUUCGAAAGCUGGUGGGUUUGCUAGGUGUUUACCGUAGGCAUAUUAAGAACCUCUCACAGCAAGCAAAACCAAUCUACGAUCUGUUGAAGGAAGAAAACGGUAAAGUUGGAGAGAAAAAGAACGUACGAUCUUCUCGUAAUCUAGUGCAGUGGACCUCAGAACAUCAGAGGGCACUAGAAAGUCUAAUAGACCAAAUAACAUCCCCUCCAAUUCUUGCAUACCCAGAGUAUAAUGCGCCUUUCAUAGUUCACACAGAUGCCUCCCAGGAAGGCCUUGGGGCGGUACUUUACCAGGAACAGCAAGGAACAAUACGUGUAAUUGCUUAUGCGUCUAGAACAUUAACUCCAGCGGAGAAAAAUUAUCAUCUGCACAGUGGCAAGUUGGAGUUUCUAGCCUUAAAGUGGGCAGUAACUGAACACUUUAGAGAUUAUUUAUACUACGCCCCGAAGUUCGUGGUGUAUACGGACAACAACCCUUUGACAUAUGUACUUUCAUCUGCAAAGCUAAAUGCGACUGGACUUCGAUGGGUCGGAGAGUUGUCGGAGUUUAAUUUCGAAAUUAAAUAUCGUCCCGGUAGAGUUAACGUCGAUGCUGACUGCUUAUCAAGACCACCGCCAGAUAUACAAAAGUAUAUGGAAAGUUGCAGUGUCAAGAUUUCGCCUGACGUUAUUCAAACUACUAUCUCCGCGGUUAAAGCACAAGAAACGGGUGACGUUGUCUGGAUAACAGCCGUAACCGCUGAUGAGAAAGAACUACAGCCUGAUAGAAACUAA